GAGCUGGCAGGAUGCGGGGUCAGCAGGGGGCGGAUGGGGCAGCAGCAUCAUUCGGGGUUUGGGACUCACUUUAAAGCCCCACUCCUCAUCACCAUCCCUUCUGCAGGUGCCCAGGUGCCCCUACCCCUGCCAGGCUGGCUAACAGGAUCAGGGAGCCAUGAACUGGGGGGUGUUCGAGGGGCUCCUCAGCGGCGUCAACAAGUACUCCACAGCCUUCGGCCGCAUCUGGCUCUCCGUGGUCUUCAUCUUCCGCCUGCUGGUCUACCUGGUGGCGGCCGAGCGGGUCUGGAGCGAUGACCACAAGGACUUCGAUUGCAACACGGAGCAGCCGGGCUGCACCAACGUCUGCUUCGACCACUUCUUCCCCGUCUCCCACAUCCGCCUCUGGGCCCUGCAGCUCAUCCUGGUGACGUGUCCGUCCCUCCUGGUCCUCAUGCACGUGGCCUACCGGGUGGCCAGGGAGCAGAGGCUCCGUGAGACCAAAGGGGACAGCUACCGCUGCAUCUACCCCAACCCCGGCAAGAAGCGGGGCGGGCUCUGGUGGACGUACCUGCUCAGCCUCAUCUUCAAGGCCAGCGUGGACCUGGUCUUCCUCUACAUCUUCUUCCGCUUCUACAGGAACUACACCCUGCCCCGGCUGGUGAAGUGCGAGCUGCCGCCCUGCCCCAACGUGGUGGACUGCUUCAUCUCCCGGCCCACCGAGAAGAACAUCUUCACCCUCUUCAUGGUGGUCACCACCUGCAUCUGCGUGGUGCUCAACCUCGUCGAGGCCACUUACCUGAUCGGGAAGCGGUGCCGCGAGUGCGGGCGGGCCGGAGGAGGGGACAGCCGGCGGCACAGCCACGACUGCCCCGUCUCCUGCGCCGACCCCGCGGGCACGGAGGGACAGGGGCUCCAUGGGGAUGACUACAAACCCCACCCGGCCGCCAUCCCGCUCACGGCCUCCUCCCCCAGCACGCUGUCCGAGGAUGAGGCUUGUUCCUAG